AUGGAUGCGACCCAGGUGAUUGAGGACAGUUUCUGGGCACAGGAGGAGGAGGAGGAGAAGGAAGAGGGGGAUGAGGAGAAAAAGAGAGAGCCUCUGGCCAAACUGAGAAUACUGAAAAACGAGCACAUCCCUGAGUCAGAACUUCCUCUGUACCUGGGAGAAAACGUUUUGGGUCGUGAUGACACUUCCUGUUCGUUGCCCCUCCCUGUCCGCUCUGUCUCGAAGCAGCACGCCGUCAUCUCCGUCCAGUCGUUCCGCGACGCCUGCGGCGUUGCCGUGGAAACGCUCCUGUGGGACCUGGGGAGCAUGAACGGCACCAGGAAAGGUCGCGUCAGGCUGACCCCUCACGUCCGUUACGCGCUGGGAGACGGGGACAGCCUGCUACUGGCCGACCUGCCCUGCCAGUAUGUCGCCGUGGAUACCACCCGUACGGAGCGCACGCCCGCCGAGGGAGGGGCGGAGAAAUGCGAAAGUAAGGAGACGGGCAAACUGAAGUCUCCGCCCGAGUUCCGCGGCGGCCCAGAGGCGGGGGGUCAGCCGAACGGAGGGAGGGGUGCAGGGGGCGGACGGAGGGACCAGGAUGGAAACGCGGGUGAGGCCGCGCCCAAAUAUCUGUUAGAGAAACAAACGCCGACCCAACAGCAGACCCUGGUGCACGCCUCCGACUCCGAGUCCGACUCUGAGGGAGAGAGAGGAGGAGAGAGGAGGAGAGAAAAGAAAGGAAGACUGGGCGUCUCCAGUUCUCCUGGUAUGUCCAGUCCCCCUGUUUCCUCUACAUUUGUGACUCCAUUUCGAGCAGUGGUCCCAGAGAGUGGAGAUGAGAGCUCCAUCACUCCUUCCUCCUCAGGAAUGGACAGAAUGAGACAGAAGGAGAGUUCUUCUGAGACCGGCAGCAGUACCGGUCCUGGUGUGAGGACCAGGCCCGACCCGAUAGACUUUCACAUGGACAGCGACACGGACGCAGAGUCGGAGGACGAGCCGGUCAGAACCAGCCCAGCCACGGUUCCCGAGCCCAAGCAGAACGGGUCAGAACCACCCAGAACCACCGCCGCGGACCCGCAGGCCCACUUUCACAUGGACAGCGACACAGAUGUCGAGGAGGAUGCUGGCACGGACGUUUCCAAGGCAACGGAGGCCUCGGAUCACGCUCGGUCCGUGCGGGGGGCGGUGCCCUGUCCGGACCUGCGCAUGGACAGUGACACGGACGCGGAGGAAGACGAUGGCACUCAGGUCGUGUGUCCUCCUCCCGGAUCUGCCUCCUCGGCGGGGGGAGGAGGAGGAGGAGGAGACGCAAAGCCGCGGGAUGAACUGCGAGUGUACAGUGAUACUGAUGGAGAGGAGGAGGACGAAGAGCAGAAAAGAGAGAGGGAGACACACGCCCGACAGACAUCAGAAACUCCACAGUGUUCCACGCCUAGAGGACAAGGUGUGUGUGAAGAUGAAACGGAAACCCAGGCUAUUCUCAGUCCGUCACCUCAGUUCAGACGUCCUGCUCUCCCUCCAUCUUUCCAUCUCUCCAUCUGCGAGAGCACUCAGGAAACUGAGGAGUUGGUCGUCGCGGCUACCCAGUCCUUUGUUUCCGACGGCAACCACAGCAUCACUCCCAGUCUCUGCGCAGAGGUCCCAGAAUCCCCCGGCGUCCUGGGCAAAAGCAACGACAGUCCCGGGAAUUCUGGGACUGAGGAGGACUGGGCUUUGGAAGCCACGCAGGCCUACGGCGCAGCAGGGGCGGGGCCAGGGGGGAGCAGGGCCACGCCCGGAGGGGCGGGGCUAGAGAUAGAGCCGACUCAGGCAUACUCGGAAGGAGAUGAAGAGUUUCUGACACAUUCACACAUGUCGACUGCUGAAACACAACUCCUGAACAACAGCGCCGUCCAAAAGGAGGAAGAGGACGGUGAGAUGGCUGUAUCAGAGAGAGGAAGAGCGGCGAUGGAGGAGGAGGAAGAGGAGGCGACACAGGAGAUCGAGCCGUUCUCAGACACACACCUCUCCACGGCGGAGACGCAGAUCAUUGUCAGGAACGAGGAAGAGGAGGGUGAGCACCACAGGGAUGAUGAAGACCUGAAAGGCGACGAAACAGCCGCUGCGCACCCUCCCCGCCAAGGAAGACGUGAGGAUGAGGAUGAAGAUGAAAUGGGUCAGCGUGCCGAGGCCUCCGCCAACUCCCACCUCUCCGCGGCCGAAACGCAGCCGCUCUCGUCCGCCCUCGACGGGAGGGACGAGCAAAAUGCUAAACCUUCAUCAUCAUCAUCAUCACCAUCAUCACCCAGGCGCCGGACCGGGCCACGCCACGGAAAGACAAGACCGCAGGAGGAAGAGACGCCUCUCUCCGCAGCGGAAACACAGCCGGUGUCUACAGGAGCAGAUGACAAUCAGGAGGAGGAGACGCCUCUCUCCGCAGCGGAAACACAGCCGGUGUCUACAGGAGCAGAUGACAAUCAGGAGGAGGAGACGCCUCUUUCCGCAGCGGAAACACAGCCGGUGUCUACAGGAGCAGAUGACAAUCAGGAGGAGGAGACGCCUCUCUCCGCAGCGGAAACACAGCCGGUGUCUACAGGAGCGGAGGACAAUCAGGAGGAAGAGGAGCAGGAUGAAGAUGCCCGGCAGCAGGGCCGCACCCGCAGGGGGAGGAGGGAGGCGGAGAAAGCCGGGCCCGGUCGGGUCAGAACCAGAAAUACGAAGGAGAGGGGGAAGAAAGGAGGGACGAGAGAGGAAGAGGCGGAGUCACAGAGCGAGAGAAAGGGAAAGGCCACGCCCGUUAAAAAGGGAGGGAGGCGGAGGAGAGGACAGGUUCAGUCUGAGGAAGAGGAGAGUGAGGAGGAGGAGGUGAGCAGGAGGAGAACAAUGAGGGGGAGGAAGAGCGUGAAAGAGGAAGGAGAGAGAGAGAGAGUGGAGGAAGAAAAGGAGGAGGGAGAAAGUAUGCAGAGAGAACGGAGAGAAAAGGAAGAAAAAGAACGAGAGGAGAAGGAGAGGAAAGAACAGGAGGAAAAAGAAAGAAUGGAACAAGAAAACAGAGAGAGAGAAGAGAAGGAGAGACUGGAACAGGAGAGAAAGGAGAAUGAAGAGAGAGAAAGACUAGAAAAAGAAAAGAAAGAAAGACUAGAAAAAGAAAAGAGAGAAAGAGAGGAGAAAGAAAGACUAGAAAAAGAAAAGAGAGAAAGAGAUGAAAAAGAAAAGAGAGAAAGAGAAGAAAAGGAAAGACUAGAAAAAGAGAAGAGAGAAAGAGAAGAAAAGGAAAGACUAGAAAAAGAGGAGAGAGAAAGAGAGGAGAAAGAAAGACUAGAAAAAGACAAGAGAGAAAGAGAUGAAAAAGAGAAGAGAGAAAGAGAAGAAAAGGAAAGACUAGAAAAAGAGAAGAGAGAAAGAGAGGAGAAAGAAAGACUAGAAAAAGAAAAGAGAGAAAGAGAUGAAAAAGAAAAGAGAGAAAGAGAAGAAACGGAAAGACUAGAAAAAGAGAAGAGAGAAAGAGAAGAAAAGGAAAGACUAGAAAAAGAGAAGAGAGAAAGAGAAGAAAAGGAAAGACUAGAAAAAGAGAAGAGAGAAAGAGAAGAGAGAGAAAGACUAGAAAAAGAAAAGAGAGAAAGAGAAGAAAAAGAAAAGAAAGAAAGACUAGAAAAAGAAAAGAGAGAGAGAGAAGAAAAAGAAAAGAGAGAGAGAGAAGUAAAGGAGAAGACGUCAGAGCAAAACCAAACGAAACAGAGAACCACCCGUGGAAGGAGGACCAACACCAGGAGAACAGCCACAGCGGCCUAUGGUGGCGUGGAGGGCUUAGUGGUAACAGGUCUCCAUGGGAACGAGGACAGCGACGAUGUCCCUGCCAAAAGAACCCGCUCCCGCUCGAAUUCGUCCAGUUCUGUGAGCUCAGAGCGUUCCACCUCCAGCACCGGGAGGGGCAGGGGAAGGGGGCGGGGCCAGCAGACUCCAGAGCCCUCCCCGAAGCCGGGCCGAGGCCGACGGUCCACCAGAGCCAAAGCCACCGCUGCGCCACCCGGUGGAGAGGAGGAAUCGGAGCAGGACAGACCGUCCCAAACCAACAAGGAAACCCAGAAACGAGGGAGAGGAGGAGGGAGGAAGAGCGUCAGAGUCAAAGAGGAACCAGAGGAACCUCCGGCUCCCAAGAGGGGUAGAAAGACCGUGGCGACGGGGGGCGUUUCUAUGACAACGGCCGAGGGUCCCGAACGGCCUCAGGAGACCUCGGCGAAGGUCGAGCCAAAAGGCGUGGAGACGAGGGACGGAGAGAGAGACAAGAGAGGAGGAGAGCGAAAGACAGGGGAAGGGGAGGAACUGGAUGAGUCGGAGGAGAUCCGGUUUAAAAUUCCGGAGGGAAAAGCGCAGGCCAGAGGAGGUGGAGGGAGGAGAGGGAGGAGAGGAGAGGUGGAAACAGAGGUGACGGAGGAGAAAGGACAGAGGGCCAGAGGACGACCGUCUGCCGCCGCACAGAGGAGAAAAGAUCCCAAAGAACAGACGGAGAGAGAGAGAGAGGACACAGCCUCCAGCACAGUACUACAGGACAGUGAGAGGUCCUGUGGGAGUAGGAAGAGAGCGGCCUCUGUGGAUUUGUCUCCGGCUCAGAGAACCCCACGGCGCACUGUCUCCAGCCUCACAGUCAAGGUGUUGUUCACAGGUGUGGUCGAUGAAGAGGGGGAGGGGCUUGUCGGGCGUCUGGGAGGGUGUAAGGCAAAGGAUGUGUACGACAUGACUCACCUGGUCACCGACAAAGUCCGACGCACCGUCAAGUUCCUGUGCGCCGUGGCCAGGGGCGUGCCCGUCGUCACCACCAAGUGGCUGGAGAAGUGUGGAGAGUCAGAGUGUUUCCUUCCUCCUGAAGGAUUCUUGGUGAAAGAUUCAGAGCAGGAGAAAAAAUUUAAGUUCAGCCUGCAGGAGGCGCUCCAGACAGCGCGGACACAGCCUCUGCUGCGGGGGUAUGAGAUCCAUGUGACUCGUUCAGUGAAACCUGAGCCCUCUCAGAUGAAGGACAUCAUCGUGUGCAGUGGGGCACGUUAUUUACCCAAAAUGCCCUCUGUUCAUAAGGCCCAGACGGUGGUGGUGUCGUGUGUGGAGGAUGCUGGGCUGUGUGCACAGGCUGUCUCUCUCUCUCUGCCCGUGGUCAGUGCAGAGUUCCUGCUGAUUGGGAUCCUGCAACAGAAGGUGGACCUUGUCAGCCACGCCCUAACUGGCCCCGCCUUCCAACCGGGAUCCACCAAAGCUACCGCCAGGGGCAGGAAAAAGACCUAG